AUGAGGAAAGGAGCUAAAAGGAAGGUCAGCCAGAGAGAAGACAACAAGGAAAACUCGACCAAGCCAGACAACCACAAAGAACAUCCCAGCAAGGCCAGCACUCGAUCAAAGCGGGUCAAGGCCUCCCACCCUGAAUCCGAGCCAGAGUACUUGGAGGAGCCCCGCAACUUGGAAGAUCUCUGGAAGGCUGCUUUUCCUGUUGGGACAGAAUGGGAUCAAUUGGACGCGGUGUACCGGUUCAAGUGGGAUUUCUCAAAUCUGGAACAAGCAUUUGAAGAGGGGGGCAAGCUGUAUGGGAUUGGGAACAACAAAGUCUAUCUCUUUGGUGGUACGGAGCCUCAACAAGUUCCUUUCAAGGGUAAAUUGGAAAUUGUUUACAUACCUAUUGUGGUGGCUGUUGUAUCUCCUUGCCCACCUUCUGAUAAAAUUGGGAUCAAGUCAGUUCAGAGAGAGACUGAAGAAAUAGUUCCAAUGAAAGAGAUGAAGAUGGACUGGGUUCCAUAUAUUCCUCUGGACAAGAGAGACCGCCAAGUUGUGGAAUAUGGGCGAAAAUCUCCUCAAAUAUUUGUGUUGGGAUGCACUCAGAGAAGGGCUGCUUUGAAGCACAUGAAGAUAGACCGUCUAAAGAAAUUUGAUUACUGCUUGCCAUAUUUGAUGCCGAUCAAGGAAGAGGAGCUUGAGCUGAGCACUGAGGUGGACAUACUUUUCCCAGCAGAGCCAAAUCCACCGGUUUACUGCGUAUUUGAUUGGCAGUUUGAUGAAGUUGAGGAGUUUGCUGAUGAUCGGAUAAAAGAAGAGGAACUAUCGGCUGAUCAAAAGGAUGCCUUCAUGGAGUUUGUCAAGGAGAAAGUACGCCAGCAAAAGAGAGAGAAUCGAGAGAAAAAGGAAGCCCGCAGGCAAGCCUUUGAGAAAAUGAGUGUGGAAGCUAAAGCAGCAUUCGAAAAUUUGAAGUAUUAUAAGUUCUAUCCGGUGCAAACAGCGGAUACUCCUGACAUAUCAGCUGUUAAGGCUUCAUACAUCAAUAGGUACUACAACAAGGCUCAUGAGCCGUGGGAUAAAAUCAACGGUUGUGAUCUAAUAUGUGAGCAAGACUUGAAGAUAGACCGUGUCAUGAAAUUUCAGUACUCGUUGCCUUACUUAAGGCAGAUUGUGGAAGAUGAGGAGGAGCAGAGCACUGAGGUUGAUACACUUUUUCCACAAGACCCAAAUCCGCCGAUUCUCUAUGGGUUUGAUGAAGUUAAGGAGGUGGCCGGUAAGCUGAUAGAAAAUGAGGAAUUGUAUAAAGAUCUAAAGGAUGUCUUCAUGGAGUUUGUGAGGGAGAAAGUGCGAGAAAAGAGGAGACAUAACCGAGAGAGAAACGAAGCCCGGAGAAGAAUAAUGGAAGAAAAUGAGCCAGCAAGAGAUGAAGAUAUGAGGAUUUACAACUUCUACCCCAUACAAACACCACAAACCCCUCCCAUAACUCUCAGGACUCGAUACAUUAACAUAUAUUACAGAAGUGCUCAUGAGGUUCUCUGA